CAGCGUGCAGCGUUGGACUCGUCUAACUCAAGGGCGUUUGACGCUGCGUGUUUGUGUUUGCGUAGCAGCGUUAAUUUUCGCUUAAAACUUAAACAUUUGUGCAGGUUUCGCGUCGUAAAUCCCGAGGAACAUGUUCGUGAGGGUUCUGUCCGUGUGCAGGUCAGAGGGCCUUAGGGUUGCCCUCAGGCCUGCGCUUCUGGCCCCGGUGGCCACCCACAAGAGCCGAGCUGCCCUGCACACGCUGCCGGAUCUCCCCUAUGACUACGGGGCGCUGGAGCCCCACAUCAACGCCAACAUAAUGCAGCUGCAUCACAGCAAGCAUCACGCCACGUACGUCAACAACCUCAACGUGGCCGAACAGAAGCUAGCAGAGGCCGCGGCAAAAGGUGAUGUCACUGCAGAGAUUGCACUCCAGCCUGCCAUCAAGUUCAAUGGUGGUGGCCACAUUAACCACUCCAUCUUCUGGACCAACCUCUCGCCCAAUGGUGGUGGAGCACCCACUGGUGAUUUGCAGAAGGCAAUUGAGGCGGAUUUUGGGUCAUUCACGAAACUUCAGGAGAAGAUGAGCGCGGCGUCUGUCGCAGUGCAGGGCUCUGGAUGGGGCUGGCUGGGCUACGAUAAGGAAACCGGGAGGCUUCGAAUCGCUGCGUGUGCCAACCAAGACCCUCUGCAGGCCACAACAGGUUUAAUCCCACUGCUGGGCAUUGAUGUGUGGGAGCAUGCCUACUACCUGCAGUAUAAGAAUGUACGGCCCGACUACCUCAAGGCCAUCUGGAACGUGGUCAACUGGACAAAUGUGGCCGAGAGGCUGGCCGCAGCUAAAAAAUGAGCACAGCACAACUGUGGCUGCACCCUUUCCUUACCCCUCGGCUGCAAAGUAGGAUGGUAGCAAGGCCAGAAUUCAUCUCAAAAGCUGUGGUGCAAUCGUGUUGCCCACGCAUUGAGAUAUGGAUUUUCCAAAUGGUGUCGUUUUGGCAUUAGAUAAUUAAUCAGUCCGUUCUUUGGCUUACAACCAAAUAUUAUUAGCUCAUGUUUAGGGCAUCUUGGCUUGUUUGACUGAAAGUUAUCUGUAAGUACAGAAAAUCUUGGAUUUGGCUGUCGAUUUCAUUGGACUUAUGAAUUACACAUGUAUCCUUAUGUGUUGUGCUCAUUGUGAUUUGGAAUUUUGAUGUAUAAUGGGAUUCUUGCUUUGCUACUCAUUCUGACUAGAUCCCUUGAGCCACAUGCAAACAGAUGUCGUAGCCAGAUAGAGUGGCAUGCAUAUUAAUUAUUUAUCUGACAGAUUUGUUGUUCGUAUUUGAUUUUUGGGUUGGGCCACAAUGCUGGCCACAUUUGUCAUUAACACCCUCCACCACCCGUCACAGCCAAACAAAGGAGGAUCCCCUAAUGACACAUGGUUUGGCCAGAUCGUUGUGCCAUCACCCAAUAUAUCAAUUGUGAGUCAUAAUAAAAGAUAUAAUAGUGUGCAUAGUUUGCGCACUCUAAAACAGCUUGGACAUUGAAAUAAAGUAUCUGAACAUGCUCAUGUAAACGAAUGUAGCACUUGGCUGAACUGAAAAGGCACUUAUAUUUAGCGCGUUAAAGAGGUGGUUGCAUAAUGCACCGAAAGAUAUAGUUCUUGUUCUCAUCUGUAGUUGAUCGAAUCGCCAUUGGCAAACCACCAAUGUUGGCAUUUACAACUUAAUUUGUGAAGGGUAGGGUGUCAAUUUUUGAAUUGUGAUAUGAAAGUGUGCCAGUGUUGGAUGUUGGUGGGGAACUAUAGCAUUUCCUCUCUCGCCCUGCAUUGUGCCAUUCGGGGUUGGUCUGCUGUUUUGCUUUGUCGAAGAGUGUUUUAUUUUCACAAAGAGGUUUUGUUGGGUUGAUUUACAAUAAAAUCAAAUCCGUUACAAAUUA